CCCACCUCGCGGUGCAUUGUGGAGCAAGAGUCAAGACUAGGUGGGGGCGCCCAGACUCGGGCAGACCCGACCGCGGCGCUGGUUCCGCGCUCGAGGCGGCGGCGGCUCGAAGAUGCAGGCGGUACGGACGGCCCCGAUCGUGGGGCAGCAGCUGCGGAGGUUGGGGGUCGGAAGCUCGUGGCCCCGUGCGCUCCUGGGGCAGCCCCCGCUCGGCCUGGCCCGGCGACCCUAUGCCAGUGGGGCGACUCAGGCGGUUCUGGAGAAGUCAGAUCCCCUCCCUGAGGCUUCGACCCAGGAGAAGCAGGCCAAGGCGGAAUCGAAGUCCUUUGCAGCCGGGAUGUUCCGGGGCCAGCUCACCACCGACCAGGUGUUCCCUUACCCCUCUGUGCUCAACGAAGAGCAGACACAGUUUCUCAAAGAGCUGGUGGGGCCUGUGUCCCGUUUCUUUGAGGAGGUCAACGAUCCUGCCAAGAACGACAUGAUGGAGAAGGUGGAGGAGACCACUAUACAGGGUCUCAAGGAGCUGGGGGCCUUUGGUCUGCAAGUGCCCAGUGAACUGGGCGGCGUGGGCCUCUGUAACACCCAGUACGCCCGCCUAGUGGAGAUCGUGGGCACUCAUGACCUUGGCGUGGGCAUCACCCUGGGGGCCCAUCAGAGCAUCGGAUUCAAAGGCAUCCUGCUCUUUGGCACAAAGGCUCAGAAAGAAAAGUACCUCCCAAACUGGCCUCCAGGGGAGACCAUAGCUGCUUUCUGUCUAACCGAGCCCUCCAGUGUCGAUGCAGCCUCCAUCCGAAGUUCGGCUGUGCCCAGCCCCUGCGGAAAAUAUUACACCCUCAAUGGAAGCAAGAUUUGGAUCAGUAACGGGGGCCUGGCAGAUAUCUUCACGGUCUUUGCCAAGACACCAGUUACAGAUGCAGCCACGGGGGCCGUGAAAGAGAAGAUCACAGCUUUUGUGGUGGAAAGGAGCUUUGGAGGUGUUACCCAGUCCCGCGUCCCCACCCCGCAACCUCAGUCCAUGGCUUACAUGGUGAGUGCCAACAUGGACCAGGGAUCCACGGACUUCCAGAUAGAAGCCGCCAUCAGUAAGAUCUUUGGCUCGGAGGCAGCCUGGAAGGUGACCGACGAGUGCAUCCAGAUCAUGGGCGGCAUGGGCUUCAUGAAGGAGCCUGGGGUGGAGCGCGUUCUCCGAGAUCUUCGCAUCUUCCGGAUCUUCGAAGGGACGAACGACAUUCUCCGACUGUUUGUGGCUCUGCAGGGCUGUGUGGACAAAGGAAAGGAACUCUCUGGACUCGGCAAUGCUCUGAAGAAUCCUUUUGGGAACGCCGGCCUUCUCUUAGGCGAGGCGGGCAAGCAGCUGAGGAGGCGGGCAGGGCUGGGCAGUGGCCUGAGUCUCAGCGGCGUCAUCCACCAGGAACUGAGCCGCAGCGGGGAGCUGGUGGUGCAGGCCUUGGAGCAGUUCGCCGCCGUGGUGGAGGCCAAGCUGAUAAAACACAAGAAGGGGAUUGUCAAUGAACAGUUUGUGCUGCAGCGUCUGGCAGACAGUGCCAUUGACCUCUACACCAUGGUGGUAGUGCUGUCCAGGGCCUCGAGAUCCCUGAGCGAGGGCCACUCUACAGCCCAGCACGAGAAGAUGCUCUGCGACAGCUGGUGUAUCGAGGCGGCCGCGCGGGUCCGGGAGACCAUGACCGCUCUGCAGUCUGACCCGCAGCAACAGGAGCUCUUCCGGAACUUCAAAAGCAUCUCCACGGCCUUGGUGGAGCGAGGCGGUGUGGUCACCAGCAACCCUCUCGGCUUCUGAGGACUCCCCGCCACCUGCCCGCCGGCCCCCCCUGUGCCUUCUCCCAAGCCAAAGCCCAGCCCCCUCGUUCUGCCUUAAGGAGGGCCUGGCCCCCGGGCGGCGGCUGCUCUCGGAGGCCCAAUGCCUGCCUCACAAGUAAAGGUUCUCACCAGCCGUG